AUGGCAAACGAGUCGAGUGCGGAUUCUUUGGACGCGUCUACGACGUUAGCUCCUUCGACAACGAUCCGAAAAAGACCAAUUUUUGUAUCGAGAGUAGCGGAUGAUGAUGGUUCGAACAAUUCCGAGCAAAACCAUCAAGACUCGAUUACUGCACGGAAUUCGGGUAGAACUGACAAGGAUUCAAAAAAGAAGAAUCCUUCUUCAUCACAACAUUCAGCGUCCACAAUUGUUGUGAGACUUAUUUUCUUUGUAUUGCUGUUGAGUGUUUGUGUCUUGGGAAUUGUCAAGUAUCUUUCAAGAAGGAGUGAAAUGAGGAGACAAGCCACUCUAUUGAAUUCUCAUUUGAAAAGACAUCAUACGGAUGAUAAUACAACGCCUCUGAUGGAGAGACACAAUGGGUUGACUUUGCCAUCCGUAUUAGCAUCUUCUACUAAUGACAAGAUUUCAUCAAAAAGUGAUGAUCAUGAAAUAGCAGAGAAUACACUUGUUGAUGAUCAUGCCACUCCCGAUGCAAUUUCGAACAAUAUUAAAAUUUUGGAUGACAGUAAGAGUCACGACGACGAAGAGGACAAAGUUGACGUCAUACCGACACCCAUGGACGAAAGUACAGACGAAUUUAGAAGAAAUGCGGUUAAGAAUGCAUUUCUUCAUGCCUGGAGGGGCUACGAAACAUAUGCAUGGGGUCAUGACGAAGUUAGACCUCUCACUAACGACUCAAGAGACAAUUUUGGAAACAUGGCUGCAACCGUUGUAGAUUCUCUUGACACAAUGAUCAUUAUGGACCUUCAUGAGGAGCUCGCAAAAGCUAGAGAACUUGUUUUAUCGUUGAAUUUCAAUAAGGAUCAAUGGGUAUCUGUUUUUGAAACCACCAUUCGUUACAUUGGUGGAUUUUUGAGUGCUUUCGAUCUCACACAAGAUAGCGCCUAUUUAAAUAAGGCUCUAGAACUCGGAGAAAGAUUAUUACCUGCAUUCCAUGCAGAUAGCAAGUUUCCUCACACCGAAGUCAAUCUUUAUAAUGGAGCCUUUAAGAAUGCAGAUUGGCAUCGUACAAGUUCUAUUCUCAGUGAGGUUGGAUCCAUUCAAUUGGAGUUUAAAUAUUUGAGUCAUCAUUCUGGAGAUAAGAGAUUUUGGCAAUUAUCUCAAGAAAUUAUGGACACCUUGGACAAGCAACCAAAGGCUAGAGAAGGACUUUACCCUGCCUAUGUGACAACCGAUCGUGGCUUGUUGAUGGGAGAUCAUGUUACUUUAGGAGCUCUCGGUGACUCAUUCUUUGAAUAUUUACUUAAACAAUGGCUACUAACAGGAGAAGAACAAUUCCAUCGAAUGUAUCGAGAGUUUGUGAAAGGAAUGAAAAAGCAUCUUCUUGCAAGAUCAUCACCAAGCAAUCUUGUCUACAUUGGAGAGCUUAAGAAUGGUCAGUUGGAUCCAAAAUUCGAUCACUUGGUUUGCUUUGUGCCUGGAAUGUUGGCUCUUGGCUCUGUCCAGCGUGGAGCAAAUGUUACUCAAGAGGAAUUGAAUGAAGACUUGGAAUUGGCUAAAGAACUCACCCGUACUUGCUACGAAAUUUACAACAGACAGCCUACUGGCAUUGGAUGUGAAAUUGUUAAUUUUUCAAAUUCUACUCAUGACUUCAAUGUUCAAGCUCCAUUUUACAUUUUGAGACCAGAGGCUAUUGAAUCAAUAUUUAUUCUCUAUCGAGUUACAAAAGAUCCAAUGUAUAAGGAAUGGGGUUGGAACAUUUUCAAAUCCAUCGAGAAGCAUUGCAAGACUCCAAUUGCAUUUGCUGGAUUGAAAAAUGUUCUUGUAGUUGGAGGAAUUCAAGACAAUGCCAUGGAGUCGUAUUUCAUGUCAGAAACUCUCAAGUAUUUGUAUUUAUUGUUUACUGAUCACAAAAUUCCGCUGGACAAGUACGUAUUCACAACUGAGGCUCAUCCACUCUCCCCUUUCCAACAUCACUAA